UUACAAUCUAUGAAUAUCAUUAUAGUGCUGAUAUAAAAGUUAGAUACUAGACAGUCUGCUUUCUUGCUUUUGUUCCUUGGCCGAUCAGUCCAUUUGCGAUAUGGAGAACAAGCUCCAGCUACUGAUUAUUACCUGCAUCGCCCUCGCUGUAUCACCAGCACUAGCCAGCAAUGAUCUGGGUACUGCUUUCAACUGCUCUAUCACUGAUGAGAUUUGUGAGGUGCCCUACAACUCCUCCAUGUUGGUACUGUACUGUCCAGGAGUGAUCAAACAAGUAGUGAAAUGGAAUCACACACUACGCAACCACAAUGUCAGCAUUUGCCCUAGUAGUGCAAAUCGCUAUUGCAGUGUGCAAGGUUAUCAGGGACGGCUCUCAAACGAUGACAGUGGAUAUUAUUACUGCAUCGAAUCUGAAACUGUUACUAAGAAAGUGAACGUCACCAUUCUAGCUCCCCCACAACUAACGGAUAUCUUAAACUACCCUAACAUUCCUAACAUCUGCUCUCCACCAUGUUUGCGAAACAGAUGUGAAACUUCCCCCAUUUUGUACGUUGACCAAAUAGUCAAUCUAACAGUGACUUACAAAAGUGUUGGACCAGUAACUGUGCGUUGGUUUGUGAAUAAAGCCGUUCUGAAUUGUCCGAGCACUAAUAAUGAAACAAUGCAUCAUCAUUGUAUUGGAAUCCACACUACAUCAACCAAAUCGACAAUCACGCUCUUUCCUAGAGCGAAGCAGUCAUUGGAUGGCACAUACAGAGCUGAGGUCAGCAAUGCAUUUGGAAGCAACAGUAGUCUCACCAACCUCACUCAAAACUGCGCUAAAUUUCCAAAAGAUCUAACCAAUAAUGAUGUGUAUUUCAACAUAACGGUUGGUGAAACAGUACCAGAGGGACUUACCAGAGCCUGUCGAACUGGAUUUGGAUAUGAUACUCGUCCUAAACAGAAUCUGUGCUUCACAAACAACCCGAACACCACCUUUAAAGAAGUUAUUGCUGGGAAUUAUUCUAACUGCGCUAUGUGCAAUGAAAUCUGUUACGCUCAAUUUACCAACAAUGACCACUUCUAUGUGAGCGCAUCAUGGGAAAGAUGCCCCAGUAUUGUCAACCUCUCAAUUCAGAGUCGAGAAAAUACGACAGUUUCCUUUAAUGACAGUGGUAAAAUAUUCUGUUUCUCUGAUCCCAAUGAUCUCAAUGAGCCGUACACAACAGUUCACAUCAGAGUAGUGAAUCAACAACCACCCAAUCUGCUUAGUCUGGAUAUUUACAUAUCUGGUGGAGUGGUGUUACUGAUUGUUGCACUACUCGUCAUAAUUAUUGUUGUACUGGGCUACAAAUAUCGAGCACGGCGGAAUGAACCGUCUCGGAAGAGGCUACAAAGACAGAGAAGAGAAGCUGAGAGAGAAAAGUUACUAUUUAAAGAAGAGGGUAAAGCAAUCAGUCCCAUCACUGUCACAUCAAGUGGUAGGCCUGCUUUGAGAAGUACCUACAAAACCUUCCCGACUGUACAUGUCCCCCCUGAUUCAGACAUAGGAGGUCUGACAGAAGUCCAGUCAGAACUGCCAGAUGCAUAUGACCUCCCAAUACAAAGUAACCAAGAAGAAUGUCAUGCAUGACAAACUGUUAUUAGGGUUAAUUCCCAUCCCUUCCUUCGUUUCCUUCAUGCACGUUCACUCAAUACAUUUUUUAUCAACAAAGCUGCAUACUUUUUGUGAAAUAAAAGUAAUGACAUAUUUAAACAAGAAUGUGACACCUGAUGAAACAA